AUGGAGAUCGAUACGAAGGAGUAUAUUACUUAUUCGACGAGUCUCUGUGACCCAAACGCCAGCAUACCGGUGGAAAGCAUCUCGGCAUUGGUCAAUUUCUCACGACUCUGCGGCAACUGGCCUUGGAAGCACAUGUCAAACGCAGAUUACGACUACAUGACAAAUCUGCACUAUGGAUUGUGGUAUUUCAAUGAGGUGGUGGUUCCAUUUUGCAGGGUGAUGCUGCGCCUACUCGGAAUCGUAGGAGCCUUGGCAUUCCUGUCCAUGGUGCGGUACAUUCGCGAACAGCGACAGGUGAUUUUCAGGAAGUGUCUAGGCGCCAUGUCGUGUGCCGAUCUGCUCUACAACACAGUCAGCAUAGUCUACACGGACACCAUUGCAUCGCAGAGCGAACUGCUGAAACGAAUGCGAUUCACCUGCGAGAUUUUGCUGCCCUUCUUCAUGCUGUUGGCCAUGGUCUCUCUGACGUCAUGUAUCGUGACGCGGAUCCGGUACCGGGUGAAGAUGUUUCGAAAAGAACGCAAAGCAACCGGCGAUCAGUACGUUUUCAGUGGCAUUUGCCGCUCCUCACACGAAGCAAAACUCUCGGACGAAUUCAGCAAGAUGAUCGUUAUCACGCUGAUCACCGCAGGAACGUUCAUCAGGAGCCAGGUAGCAUGGCUUUGCUUUGAGGCAGCGCAAAUAUGCGACGUCUACAAGAGAAACGCAACGCUAUCCAGCACUAUGGAAGAAAUCCAAGCCUGGUACAGACUGCACGUUUUCCUAACUCUUACUAGCGUUCUGUGUUCCUUGUUCGAGUCGUUAGACAGAACGUCGACCUUCUACAUACAUAUGCUCUUCAAUAGGCGUGCCAGGAAACACUUUCGACUUUCUCUGAAACAGUGCGUGACCCAUUAUUGCGGCAUCCACAAUGCUAAGUUCCCCGUAUUUUGA